GAAAUAUCCAAGAAAAUGCGUGAUGAUCAACUCAUUGCUAUCUCUAUUCUUAUCACAAGCCUUUCUUAUUUGAUUAUAUUAAAUAGGUAUGAUCAAUCGCUCCGAAGUGAAUUGACGCUAUUCCGAGAGAAAAUGGGUUCAAUAACAGUCACUAGUGUAUCUCUUUUUAUUUUACAAAUAUUUAUUGCUUCAAUCAACUGUCAAGUUCCCCCAAACGACUUUUUUGCGAAUAUUGCUGAGCGACUAUUGGAACAAUUUCAAGUUAAUUCUCAGAGUGGUGUGUCUCCACGUAUUUUUGAUGUGAUCAGUGAGCUCCAACCGGUCAAUAUCAUCGAACUAGGAACGCAGGGUAGUUGGCAGAGUGUUGUCAAUCGUGACAGUGCGAGCAAUCGUAAAUGCGAUCGACAAUUUUCCUUAUUUCGGUCGGGUCUGCAGAAACUGGAGUUAUGGGCAUUGAAAAUGAUCGAUUCUUCGUCAAAGAUUCCCACGGGAAUAUUGGAGGGAAACCUGAAAGAUCUGGGGGUUUACGACGAGUGCAUAGCGACCAAAGUAGAGAAAGGGAGUGAAUCUAUUCGAGGGAGACACUGCAUGUACUCCUUCUCGGUGAACGAGUUGAAAACGAACAUAUCAUUGAGUCUGACUUCGUCCAUUUGCAUCCCUGACGGAUGUGGUGCUGCUGAUUUAGCUAGAAUGAUCAACCAAAGUAUUGAUCUAGCGUCAAACUAUCCCGACAUCGACCUCAAGGUCAAUUCCGUCACGUGCUCUGCGGUGGAGGCAGAGCCCUGGGACAAGGGUGGAAUUAUCGCUCUGUCAGUCCUGUCCUUCUACUUCGCUCUCUUGAUUUGCUGUACCAUUUGCGAUUUGCUGCUGACAAAAUCGUCCAACAGUGUCACCCGCAGUAUAACAGCUAAACUGUCAAAAUUCUCGCUGAUCUCCAACGCAAGACGCAUCCUCAGCACGAGAAUACCUCCCGGUAAUAUACCAGCUCUUCAAGGAAUACGAUUCUUCAGCAUGGGUUGGGUCGUCCUGGGACACGUCUACUACAUCCAUUCAUUCGGAGUAAUCAGUAAUCAGCUGGCUGUCGCCGAGUGGCUGAAGUCCUGGGAGUCCUUGUACAUCAUCAUAGCACCGUUCACAGUGGACACUUUCUUCGUGAUCAGUGGAUUUUUAAUAUCCUAUCUGUUCUUGAAGCACAUGGCAAAAGGUGGAAAGUUCAAUCCAAUUAUGUACUACGUUCACCGAUAUCUCAGAUUGACUCCAGCAUAUGGCGCUCUUCUUCUCCUGACGAUCUUCAUAUUCCCACGAAUUGGUUCUGGCGCUGUCUGGGAAGCCAACAUGUCACUGCAGACAGAAUCUUGCUCUAAAAACUGGUGGGCAAACCUUCUGUAUCUUCAGAAUUAUGUCAACAGUCAAUACUUGUUGUGUUUAGGUCACGCCUGGUAUUUGGCUGUGGACAUGCAACUCUUCUGGAUAUCCCCGUUGAUUAUUUAUCCUCUUGCGAAAAAGCCUAGACUGGGACUUGCAGUUCUGAGUGCUUUCAUUAUCGCCUCGAUAAUUAUUCCUGCCAGUAUUUCAGCCAAGGAAGAAUACUCUGGAGGCCUAUUCCUUGGCACAAACAAAACACAUCAGAGCAAUCAGAUGAGAUAUUACUACGUAGCCACUCACACGAGAGCUGGGCCAUGGCUGAUGGGUGUCCUGAUGGGCUACAAACUUGCUGUUAUGAAAAAUCAGCGAUUGAACAAGAAAAUCGUGACCCUCGGCUGGAUAUCGGCAAUAUGUGCCUUCGCAUUCGGGUUCUUCAGCUAUCGAAUUUUCCAAGAAGAUGGCUAUCAGUACACACUCUACUGGGAGAUAUUCUACGCUGGUUUUGCAAGACACAUCUGGGCAUAUGGUGUCUGUUGGCUGAUCUUUGCCUCGAUACUGGGAUACGGUGGGAUCAUAGCGAAGUUCCUGUCUCUCCCUGUCUUCAUGCCUCUGGGAAGAAUAUCCUACUGCAUUUAUCUGGUCCAUUUCAUCACUCAGUACAUGAGGAUCAGUGCUGUCAGGAUUCCAGUGUACUUUUCUAAUUUAACAAUGUUGUAUUUGUUCCUGAGUGAUUUUGUUCUCUGCAUUGUGGGGGGAUUUAUCCUGAGUCUUCUGUUUGAAUCGCCUUUCAUGGCCCUUGAGAAAAUGCUGCUGGGGAGAAAGCGGCGAAAUCAGGUGAAGACAGAUCGUGGAGACAAUACUGGGACUGGUGGUGUCCAUAAUAAUGGAUAUCAACAUGAUAAUGGACAUGUGGACGUUGAAAAAAAAUAAUCAAGUCACUGGAUUGUGUCAAUUAUAUUGUACAAUUGAUUAUGAAUAAAUAUUCGAAUUUUAGAUUUUUUAAA